UCCAAGUAAGAAUAAGUUACUUGUCGGCGCUUCAACGUUUGAAACCCAGGGUAUUUGUUCCCUCAAGGCCUCAACGCGAGCCACCCCCUCCGUCCUCAAUCCAUUUCCAUUCUUCCCUUUCCUGUCUCCUGUUGCCACCGCAUAGGUGAGGUAAGGAUUCUGGCAGACCAACGCAUGCUGAGGUGAGGCCUUUUAAUUUUCCAUCUCCAAAUUAUCUGUGUUGUUACGACGCAAUCCGUCCAUGCCCCCAAUACUAUUAUUUUCGUGAAAAGACAUGACAUGCCUAGAUAUCUGUUCGGGUGUGAUAUAUAAAUCCAGUCUAAACUCUUUGUCCCUUUCAGUUGCAGGUGCAGUAGAAAGUUUGAACUCUGUGCGUGAUCGAGUAGAAAUUAGAAUGGCGAAUGUCAUGGAUUCUGAGGUAGUGCAGGUGGUAGAGUCGUCGUUUGUAGUGCCGAGCGAGCCGACACCGUCGGAGGGGCUCUGGCUCUCUCCGCUGGACCUCAUUCUGGCCAACAGAGGCCACACCCCAACAGUCUACCUGUACAGCUCCAGCAGCAAUGCUGUUGCCGCCGCCGAUGGUUUCUUCGACGUGGCCAGGCUCAAGGAGGCUAUGGCCAAGACCUUGGUGGCCUUCUACCCCCUCGCUGGCCGCCUCGGCGUCAACAACGAUGGAAGGGCAGAGAUCACCUGCACCGGCGAGGGCGCGCUCUUUGUGGUCGCUCAUGCCGACCUCACUGUCGGUGACAUCGAGGACGACUUCAGGCCGUCGCCGGAGCUGAGGAGGCUCUUUGUUCCACGGAUUGAGCCAGCAUCCGUCGUGUUGGCCAUACAGGUGACUUUCCUCAAGUCGGGAGGUGUGGUGCUUGGGACGGCUCUCCACCACGCCGCCAUCGACGCCUCAAGCGCGUUCCACUUCUUCCAGACGUGGUCAGCCUUGUGCAAGCACGGCGACCGCGCGACAGUGGAGCUCCCGUGCCACGACCGCACGCUCCUCCGUGCACGGUCCCCGCCUACCGUCCACCCGGACGCCCUGUCGAGGUUCCACCCAAAGCUCACUUUCUCCGACCCGUCAGGACCUCUCGCCUUUCAAGUCUUCGCCAUUUCCAAGGACCAGGUCACCUCCCUGAAGCGCCUCUGUGGCGGCACGAGCACCUUCUGCGCCAUCGGCGCCCUCGUGUGGCAGUGCGCGCUCGUUGCGCGCCGGCUUCCGCCCGACUCCGAAGCACGCCUCACCUUCCCGGCCAACGUCCGGCGCAGGGUGAGGCCGUCUCUCCCGAUCCGCUACUUCGGCAACGCGUUGGUCAGGCUGGGCGCCACUGCUGCGGUUCGGGAUAUUGCUUCGGAGGUUCUGGCGUCCGUGGCCGGCCGCAUCAAAGAUGCCGUCGAUCGGGUGGACGACGAGCUCGUGCGGUCUGCGGUCGACUACUAUGAGAUGACCGAGAUGGACAGCCGGCCAGUGAAGGGCACCUUGGCAGAGACGGACCUGCAGAUUAUUAGCUGGCUGGGCAUGCCAAUGUACGACGCGGAUUUCGGAUGGGGGAAGCCAGCGGUGAUGUCGCGGGCGGAGUCCGUCCGUGGAGGCUUUGUGUACCUAAUGAGCGACGGGCCAACAGACGGCGGCGGCGGUGUCCGCGUGCUCAUGUGCAUGGAAGCUGCAAAUAUGAAGGAGCUGGAGCGGCUGCUUUACGCAAAACUCUAGACCCUAGAGCCUAGACCUGCUAGGUGCUUGAUGUGUGGAACACAAAAGACAAUAAUAAAGAGCCAAAGAGGAUACGACUGGCUGUUAUUUUUUUAA